AUGGCCAGCAGGAAAGGAGGAGGGAUGGAGAUGGACAAGGGAAAGUUGAGAGCGAGGGUGGGCGCAUUUAAACGUUUUCACAUUGCAGUCAGUGUGACUUCCUUCCCCUCCUGCCAGGUGGCCGAGACCAUGGCUCCUUUGCUCCAGACCCUCCUCCUCCUCCUCCUCGCCUGCUUUGUGGACACAACCCAAGCCAAGCUGUUUGAUCGCUGUGAGCUGGCCCAUGUGCUGAAGGAUAACGGGAUGGAUGGAUUCGAAGGGUCUAGCCUCGCUGACUGGAUCUGCAUGUCAUUUUUUGAGACUGGCUUUGACUCUGAGGCCAUUGAUUGGCACAAGGAUGGCACGAAAGACUAUGGUAUUUUCCACGUCAACAGCGGCUGGUGGUGCAAAGAUGAAUCUCUUGACAGUUCAUCAGAGAACCUUUGUUCCAUGUCUUGCAAAGAUUUAUUGAAUGAUGACAUUAAAGAUGACAUCAACUGUGCCAAGAAGAUUGUGCAAGAUCCCCAAGGCAUGGGGAGCUGGGAUCAGUGGUUAAAGCAUUGUAAAAACCAAGACCCGUCGCGCUGGCUGAAGGGGUGUAAGGUGUGAAAAUGAAUCUGGCCACAAUCUGUCUGCUCUCUGAAAUUAUAAAUGAUUAUUGUAUUUUUAAUAUCACUGUCGAGUGCCUUUUUUACUGGGUGUUAUUUCUGAUGAUUCAUUCAAUUCU